UAUCAUAUGAGCUCGAGCAGGUUAACUUAGAGCGAGUGCUGCUGCUACUGUCACAAACUCUUCGUGAUGGCUGCCGUGUGGCGUUUUCGUAUAUUUGUCCGUUGUGUAGUCCGCUUCUCUGAUCGUGAUCUGUAAAUAUUUGACGAAGGAUCCUUAAUCGUGACAUAAAAGACGCCCAAAAUAAGCCAAUAUGGCUGAAACCAACCAAAAUACUGAUGGCACUGUGCAAGGAAAAGAAGAUGAAAAUACAGAGGAUUCUAAUCUGCAAAUGGAGCUCAGUGCUUUCAGGGCAGAGUGGAUGUCUGAGCUUCAACCAGGGACAGGUGAAAGGAGAAGUUUGUCUAAAACUGCUGAACUGAAGAGAAAACAGGAUUUAGCUAAAGAACAAAAGGCCCGAGAGCUGUUUUUAAAGGCAGUUGAAGAGGAACAGAAUGGAGCUGUUUAUGAAGCCAUCAAGUACUACAAGAGUGCAAUGCUUCUGGUGCCAGACAUUGAGUUUAAGAUCAACUUCAGCAGAACUCCUGAUCCAGACCGUGUUGGUGGGAGCUACUUGGAGGACAAUGGGAAUGAUGGGGAGAUAGAUGAUCUGCUGACAUACUUCCAACAGCAGCUGACACUGGAGGACGCCACCUUAAGGCUGUGUGCACCAGAGAAAGACACUUCCCAGGUGCAUAUUUCAGCUUUGCCCCUAGAGGUGCUGAUGUAUAUCUUCCGUUGGGUUGUGUCAUGUGACCUGGACCUCCGAGCCCUAGAGCAGCUCUCCAUGGUCUGCAGGGGUUUCUAUAUCUGUGCAAGGGACCCUGAGAUUUGGCGAUCUGCUUGUUUGAGAGUAUGGGGACGAAGCUGCACUAAAAUGCUGCCAUUCUUAUCCUGGAGAGAGAUGUUUUUAGAAAGGCCUCGUGUACGCUUUGAUGGAGUUUACAUCAGUAAAACUUCAUACAUCCGUCAGGGUGAAGAGUCUCUUGAUGGCUUCUACAGGGCUUGGCACCAGGUUGAGUACUACAGGUACCUCCGCUUCUUUCCCAGUGGCCAGGUGAUGAUGUUAACCACACCCGAAGAUCCCUUGGUUGCUGUUCCAAGGUUGCGCAGCAAGAACUCCAGGAUUGAAUCCAUCUUGUUCGGCCAUUAUCGGCUAUCCCAGGACACAGACAAUCAAACCAAAGUGUAUGUUGUUGUCUCCAAGAGAAAAGAGGAGAAAGUGGCAGACUACCAGAGAAGCCGGUUCUGCAGGCGGAACCCAGUCCCUGAAGCAGAACACUCCUUCCAUGUAGGACUGCAGUUGUCCUCGGGAGGGCGUCCACGCUUUAACAAACUGGUUUGGAUCCAUCAUUCAUGUCAUAUUACCUACAGAUCAACUGGAGAGACGGUCGUCACUGCAUUUGAUGUGGACAAAAUGUACACGCCUUUGUUUUUUGCACGAGUGAAGAGCUACACAGCCUUUUCGGAACGCCCGCUGUAGGGCGGCGACAUGAGAUGCAUGCAGACACUUUACUGCCAUCCUCUCACACUCUCCCUACUGCUUCCAGACUUUUCUUAUGAAUGUAAACGGAUGGUGUGAGAUUUUUAGAAUCCCAUAGUCUUAAUUGCAGCUAAAAGCAUUAUGUUUUGUUUCAUAGAUAGAUUAAGAUCUAUCAUGCUUUUAUUAUAAGAAUACAUAUAUAUGUAUGUCUAUGUACAUCUGAAUCAGCCAAAAUAAAUUACCUUACAUUAA